AUUUAUUUCAUUUCUUUCAACACAGAAACCACGACGUGCUUCGCUUGUUGUGACUACCAAAAAAUGCUGCGGGUAAUGAAUUACUACCAAAAAAUGUCAAUCCGUGAUCAUGCUGGUGGCCACCUGAAGAAUAUCUACUACUCGGCGAAAUAAGUUGCGCAUGAUGGUCGUCUCCAACUUUCUGUGGAACGACACUUUUGGUGGAGAAUCACUAGCGAAGUUCGGUGGACAAGAUGAUCCCAGACUGGGUUGUAUAAUGCCAAUCUGGGUUGCAGCCGGUGGGCGGUCAUGGCAAAGUAGAAAAACGGAAGAAGUAGGAUUGCUUAGAAGUCCUGCUCCAAGACGAGGAAGGGGGCUAUUUGUGACGAAAACAGCAAACACCUCUUGCAGUGCUGCUUUCACUGCCAUAUCAGGAGCUCGAACGAAGGCGAGGAGCAGGAAGACGACGGCGUCAAGCUUCAUGAGCAGUACCGUACCCCUUGUGUGCGAAGCCGUAGAGGCGGUAAUCGAACUCCCAGCACCGCUGGCUGCGGGUUACGCCCCAUAUCCGAUGGGGCCGGGUCGACCUGGAUCAACGAGGACGAGCAAUAGCAGUACCAAUACCUCUUUAGUGGAUUAAGAAGUCUCAACAAUGUUCUCUGAAUCCAUCCUGAGGAGCAUCGAUGGAACUGGGAUGAAGAGGAGAGUUUGUUCAAAGGAAUAAGAUUUGAAGGAUUAUUUCCACGACCAAGAUGACUCUCAAGAUGGAUUCUCAGGGAGUUGGUCUAAUUCGAGGACGGUCACGGAGUCGAAGUUUUUGGUGCGAAUUUUAAGGGUAUCUUCCGAACCGUGCCUCCGAAAGGAGCGAAGCCGCGGUACUUCGCAACUUGGAGCUAUCCAUCACCCUCGCGGAAGCUAAUGCGCGACCUCCGUCGUUUGCGUGUUAGCAGGGAACUGAUGCAUCAGGCACUGGGAAUAUGAGGACAUCAGGACGACUAAUAUUAAAUUGUGGCUCUUGAAGAUCACAUAUUAAUUUUUCAUCACACAUUCUUAAAGAUUCCCGCCCAAGCCGGUUCUCUAGGCGGAGGCAUAGGCGUAGCCCACCUUGACAUGGUACUACCUAUCCUCUGGCUAUGAAAUGAUAGAAUGGAUGAUCAUGAUCGUGUCCGACGCGUCGAGAACUUCCGCGCAAAUGUGGUGAAGAUAAUUUGUGCUCUUCCUUCCGUCGCAUCGCAUUUGUUUUAUGAUUCGCGGGUAUGCCACUACUGUGGGUAGAAGUUAGACCAGGUCAAGCAGAGGUGAUAUGACAUGCCUAGCAACAACAUCAGAAGUCAUUUUCCUGUUGCUGGGUAAGGCUGUGGAGAACGACUCCCGGUAGAUGCACUUUAGGGGAGAUGACGUUCAUGAUUUUCAUCCGUACUAAGACUUCUGCUGCAGAGGUCAACCUCCAAAUGAAGGCCCGUUUUGUGCUGAUAAAAACCGU